AUGGCCCGCACCCGGCAGAGAAAAGCAGCUGAAGACUUGGAUUCAGACUUCAAUCCGAAUCAUUCUGCGAACACCGCCAAUCCCAUCAAAACCGAGCAACCACCACCCCCUCAGUCUCUCACAUCUAUUGCCACACCAGAUCCCUCCCAUGGCAUUGAAGUGAAGACCAAGUUCCCUGUUGCACGCAUCAAACGCAUCAUGCAGGCGGACGAGGACGUCGGCAAAGUCGCCCAGGCCACUCCUACUGCAGUUUCCAAAGCACUUGAACUGUUCAUGAUUACUCUGGUCACCAAGGGCACAGUAGAGGCAAGAGCAAAUGGUUCCAAGCGGGUCACUGCACAGCACCUCAAAGCUGGCUUAAUGAAAGAUAGCCAGUUCGACUUCUUGACGGAAAUUUGCGAAAGUAUCCCCGAUGAGGGGGCCAAGAAAGGGAGAGCGAAGUCGGAGGCAAGGAGUGAAGAUAGUGAUGAGGACAUUACGCCCAAACGGAAAGGAAAGUCUAAGAAGAGGAAAGCCAGCACUGACGACGACACCGACUGA